AUGAUGGAGGACUUGAAACAGGCUGGGACAUGGCAUGACUCCAGGGAAGAGUUGAAGAUUCCCGUGAAGACUGGGGCCAGCUCAUCAGCACAGUGUCUCAAGGUGGCAGAGGACACGGAGUCAGGGCCCGAAGCCUUGUGUGGAUUUAGCCUCUUAAACAGCCUGUUCACAUCCUCCUCCUGGACUGAGAGGGCAGAGGGGGCAGAUGGGCAAUCCAAAGUGAGAAGGAGAGCAGUGUUGGGAAAUCACUGUCACAUCGGAGCACCAGGCGUUGUUGAUGUAGAAACAGACUCCUCCACCUUUCGUUUUACCUCCGGCAAGUUCCCGUUGUCCGCGCGGAGGAGCUGGAAUCCCUCAAGAUGGAGCGCACAGUCCGGGGUCUGUGUGUUCAACCACGUCUCGGUGAAGCACAACACACUAGAGGAGGAAAAGUCGCUGUUUCUUCUCAUCAGCAGCGCUAUCUCGUCCAUUUUAUUGGAGAGUGAGCGGACGUUGGAGAGGAAAAUCCCAGGUUCUACUGAUAUAUUUAAUAAAAAUAUUCACACAAUCAACAGAACUGCUUCUCAGGGAGAAACUGUUGUUUUUCACUGUAAUAACAGUGAAGAUGAAGAAGAUAAAGGAGCCGAUGUCGUGUGGCGUAAGGAGGAGAUUCUUCUUUUUAACUACAGUCCUGUUAUUAACCAAACUGUGACAAACUACACGUCAAGCAGAAUGUAUGUUGAUCCCAACAAUCCACUCAAACUACAGAUAUCUGAUGUACAGCCUUCAGACGCAGGAGCCUAUACAUGUUUUCCCAUACCUGUACAGUGGAUACUGACCAUGGAAGUCAGUAAGAGAAAACCAGAACUGCCCAGAGAAAUGUUUCAGUUCUGUGUGGAUUCACAGGCAGUGAAAAAAGAACCAGGCUACUGAUUUAAG